GUGGCAAGGUACCUUCAAUUCAAGACCUUCGUAACACAAAAACAAACCCACACACCGCAAAAACAUCCACAAGGCAAGUUAACACUCGUGGACAAAAUUUCCGGAUGCAAGCAAAAUGACACACAACACUCGCAAUCAUUGCCACCGGUUUCUGAAUCCUUGGUGUUCUUCUCUGUAAGCAAUUCCAAUUCCCGCACCCUUGUUCCCAUUUCACUCCUUUCGACCUGAAUCUCGCUCCUCUUGUUACCACGUUCCCAUCACACACAAAAAAAAAAAAAAAAACCUCCUUCAAAUUCUUCAAUCCCAAGCCACCCACCAACUUUCACUCUGACCCUUUUCCCAGGUCGGAGAAAAGUUUCAAUUUUUCCUCAGAUCUCGGGUACCCUCUUUCGUUUCCCUUCACGGGUCGCGUCGAGAACCGAAACCCCACAUGUGAGUUUCGGAGGGAUCUGGGAAGAAGAAGUGGGCAAUGUUGGGUGCGGUGCAGUUGGGGCUUUUGGCGGCGUGUGUGGUUCUGUUUGUGCCUAUGGGCAUGGCGGGGUGGCACCUGAGUCGCAACAAGGUUCUCUUCUUCAGUGGCGCGCUUUUCAUCACUCUCGCUGUUGGUGUUCACCUCACACCCUAUUUCCCCUCGGUUUCUGAUUUCGUCACGUCGGUUUCUUCUUCUUCUGUUGACGUUGUCGUGGACGAUCGCGAUUCGUGUGUUUCGUUGCUUCACGAAAUUGUCUGGGAGGUGAGGCCCGGAAGGGUGUUUGACUUUAGUGAUAGUAAUAAUAAUAACAACUCUGUGAAUUACGACAAGUUUUGGUCUUGGAAGGAGUCGGGUUCUGUUGAAUCGUGUGAGUUUCAGAAGCUGAAACGACACGACGUUUCGGUUUUGCUUAAUGGGUCUUGGGUUGUGGUAGCGGGGGAUUCGCAAGCUCGAAUCUUUGUGCUGUCGUUGCUGGGUUUGGUUCUGGACUCGGAGGGGAUGGAAUCUGUUAGAGGGUCUUUGUUUAAACGGCACAGUGAUUACCACACUGUGGUGGAUGAGAUUGGGAUGAAGUUGGAUUUCAUUUGGGCACCUUAUGUUAACAAUUUGACAAAUUUGGUUGUGGGGUUCAAGAGGAAUCGUGUUUAUCCUGAUCUUUUGGUGAUGGGUUCUGGUUUGUGGCACAUGCUGCAUUUCACCAAUGCUUCGGAUUAUGGUGUGGAUUUGGGGGUUUUGAGGAGUUCUGUGAUGUCACUGUUGCCUGUGUCUUCAGAAUUUGGCAAUGAUGAGGCUGUGGCUGUGGCGGUGGCUUCGGUGGCGGUUAGGUCAUCGCCGCACUUGUUUUGGCUUGGGAUGCCGAGUUUGGUAAACUCCAUGUUGAAUACGGCGGCAAAGAGGGAGAGGAUGACUGAUAUAGUGUGGGGAGAGUAUGAGAGGGAGGUUCAGGGAAGUGGCAUGUUGAGGCAGUUUGGGGGGCCAUUUCAACUGCUGGAUAUUGGGUCAUUGAGUUGGAAUUGUGGGAUCAGGUGUACAGAUGAUGGGAUGCAUUAUGAUGGGGUUGUUUAUGAGGCUGGGGUUCAUGUUAUGUUGAAUGCAUUGCUUAUUGAAUCUCAUCAGAAGCUAUGAAGUUUGUAGCAUUGGUAUGUUUCGUUCCCUCUUAGAUCUGCUCCGCUUAAGCUCCAUGUGUGGGGGAUAUACACGGUAGGACACUCCAACGAUUUUGAUUAAUAGUUGAGUUCUUCCAUCAUAGCUUGCAAAUUUUUGCCUGGAUUUUUCCGAGGCAUUAGAUUCAAUUAGUUUUAGAGUGAUUAUUGUUAUAGUAAACCACAUUUGAAAUUCUUUUUUGUUUCUCUUUCUUUUUCCUGUUCCAUUGUAUGCUAACAGCUCAUGUAUUAUUCACAAAAAUUGGAAACUCAAAUUUCUGUACAAACAGUUCACACGUGCUUUUAACCACAAUUUAACUGGGAUUCAUUUCUGAUUUCCUUUGGGCCAACAAGAUUGUAGCAAUGGCAUGUUGAUGGAUAAUAAUAAUAUUCCGUUU